CUCCAUUUCCCAGCGCGCCCCGCGCCCCCGCCGCAGAGGCCGGGCCGGGAAGAUGGCGGCGCCCGUGUCGCCCUUGGUUACUGCGCGCUGCCUGUUGCGGGCUUCGGCGCGCCGCGCCCUUCGCCUGCUACCGGCGCCGGCCGCCGCCUUGCGGAGAGCAUACAUAGCUCAGGCAGAUGAGAAGACAGUCCCCGGUACUCCAACAGAUGCUAACGCCAGAGCCUUAUUGGUUUGCAGUGGACCUUUAGAACAUUAUGACUUUCUGAUUAAGCAAGAAGAGCUGAGGAAUGAUGAGCAACAAAGAAGAGUUGUGCAGCACCUGCAGAAGUUGCAUGAGAGCCUUAAAGGCUACAGCAUCAGUUCAAAAAAUAUUUUCUCAAAGCUCUUUGCAAAAAACAAGCCUCCAAAAGGUCUUUAUGUCUAUGGAGAUGUUGGCACAGGAAAGACAAUGGUGAUGGACAUGUUCUAUUCCCACUUAGAAGUAGAAAGGAAAAAGAGAGUCCAUUUUCAUGGCUUCAUGCUAGAUGUACAUCAGAGAAUACAUCGCCUUAAGCAGAGCUUGCCAAAAAGAAAAGCAGGAUUUAUGGCCAAAUCAUAUGACCCUAUUGCACCAGUCGCAGAGGAGAUAAGUGAAGAAGCUGCUCUCUUAUGUUUUGAUGAAUUUCAGGUCACUGACAUUGCUGAUGCCAUGAUUCUGAAGCAGCUUUUUGAAAAUCUAUUCCAAAAUGGGGUUGUCGUUGUGGCAACAUCUAACAGGCCGCCAGAAGAUCUCUAUAAAAAUGGUCUUCAGAGAGCUAAUUUUGUACCAUUCAUUGCUGUGCUGAAGAAAUACUGCAGCACAGUCCAGCUUGAUUCUGGAAUAGACUACAGGAAACGAGUGCUUCCUGCUGCUGGAAAACUCUACUACCUCACAAGUGAAGCUGAUGUGGAGGCUGUCAUGGAUAAGUUGUUUGAUGAGCUGGCUCAGAAACAAAAUGAUUUAACUAGACCAAGGAUUCUGAAAGUGCAAGGCAGAGAGCUGAGGCUGAAUAAAGCGUGUGGAACCAUUGCAGACUUCACGUUUGAAGAGCUAUGCGACAGACCUCUUGGGGCCAGUGACUAUUUGGAGAUAUCAAAGCAUUUUGACACAGUCUUUGUUCAUGACAUACCACUUCUUACAAUGGCAAAAAGGACACAAGCUCGUCGUUUCAUUACUCUUAUUGAUACAUUUUAUGAGCACAAGGUGCGUAUUAUUUGUUCUGCAGUGACUCCUCUCCAAAGCUUGUUCCUGGUAGAACAUGACAAUGGUGAGCUGGAGGACAACAGAGUGUUGAUGGAUGAUUUGGACUUGAGCCAGGAUGCUGCCAAAGGACUCUCCAUGUUUACAGGAGAAGAGGAAAUCUUUGCCUUUCAGCGUACUGUCUCACGGCUUACAGAAAUGCAAACUGAACAGUACUGGAAAGAUGGGGACAGAAGCAAAAGAAAGUUAUAAUUAUAAGUUGAAUAAAAUAACCAAGAAGUAAAGCUACAGAAUUGGAAAGCUUUUUAGCACAACUGAAAUAAUAAUUGCACUUUAUUACCUGGACCAUGUUUUCUUCCAUCUGUUGUUUUUUGUGCUUAAGGCAUGAGGACUUGGUUAUUUUUCUGUACCACCAGUGUGUGGACAUGUGAAAUUUUGCCUUCAUUUUAUUUUCUGUAAAAUACAACUUUAAUGUUCAGAAAGUUUAAUGGGAUUAGAAUUUUUCUGGAGAAUUGGUCUAGAGACAAAGUUAAUGGGCCAUGCAGGGUUCACACUAGACUUAUAAUGUCACGUGAAGAGGGCACUUUGUGGUUCAUGCACUGCUUCUGUCAUGUACAAUGCAGUUUGCACAAAAGAAAAAUCAAACGCUUUCUUUAUGAACCUCCUGAUACUGUAUAGGUCCCUGCUAGAAUCCUGGAACUCCUCUGUAGUGUAUUCUGUUUCUUUUUCUCCUAAUUUCUGUGUGUAGCCAUCUGCUGACUUUCAGGCUCUAAGAGUUUCUUGUAAUCAGACUGUUGCUCAGUCUGGUUCAUUGAAAACUAAAGGUUGGAACCAAGAGAGAAGCCUGAGGAGGAGCUUGAAGGUACUUGAAACUGCACAAGAUUAAGAUCUAAAUAAUCAUGGAUGGGAAGAGAAACUAAGACAGGGUAUACUGUAACAUAUAAGUGCAAGUUAAUACUCAUAAAUUUUGCGGUUCUUGCAAGCCUGGAUAUGCUGCCUCUGCACCAGUGACAUAUCUCUACCCUGAAUUUUCUCAGGCUUCAUCUAUACCAUUGCUGCUAGCGCACCUGCUCUGAUCUGGGCAGAGAAGUACACAGUGCUGCUGAGGCCAUUCACCGUGCUACAAUAGGAAUGUGUUUUGUGGAAAAGAUGGGAUAUUAACUGAUUCCCCCAAACGCGUCGCCCAGCCUCACGUUUGUAGUUGGAAACUUUCUUUUAGUUAAAAAUGCAAUUGCAUCAUUCUUGGUUUUAAUCUAACUGAAACAAAAUAUGGUAUGGCGUGUAUUGGCUUGUACAGUAUUUUUACAAAAAGUCAUUUAAAGACCAUUUUUAGAAACCCUGAAUAGGGAAAAAUAUUAUGCAGAUGGACUGAAAAGAUUGCCCUAAUUUCUUAGGGAGGAGAUGUAUAACACACUGUCCCCACAUUUGAGGGGUUUUCUCGGAUUUUGCAACAUGACCUAUUUCUUGUACUGUAUCUGUUAUCAAAAAUAUUCUUCUGCCUUUGUUAAGCCUGAUUAAAAUGUGUUAUUCAUAACCCCCAUCACAAUUACAGAAGGCUUUUAAAAGGGACUUUUGAGGUGCGGGGAGGACUGGAGAGUUCCUGUGCACUCACGUGUGCUGUGGCAAUACAGAUGUUUUGGAGCCAUGUGUUCAAGUCCAGCUUUCUGUUCCGAUCACUUCUCUUUGCCCUGGAAGUUACUUAUACUGGCUAUACCUGUUCUUCAAAGAAUUUUUUAAACUUACAUUUAUAGUUUACAGCUUACGCAGCUAUGUUGUUAUUCCCACAAGGGUGACUACCGUGGAGAAUUUUAAUGCAUAUUUAUGAAAAACCAAUCAGAAAACAUUUCUUAUACUUAAGAAUACCUGAAUAAUUGGUGUAUAUUUGCAGAGAUUUCUAUUAGGUUUCUCAACAGAGGGACUAUUGAGAUUCAUGCAUGUGUGUCUGUAUAUGCACACACAUAUGUAUACUUAAUUUAUGCAUAUAUAUAUAACUAUAGAUAAAACUAAUAUAUAUAAUUUAAGUGUGUGUGGUUCUAUAUUUAUACAUGACAGUCUAUGGCCAUCAGCCUGGGCCUGCGCUGGUAACUCUCCUGAAGCUUCAGCCUUGACUUUUUUCCCAGAUGCCUCCUGCCUUGUCUGAACCAAGAAUGUAUUGUGGGAAAACGGGAGGUGGUGGUAGAUACCCUAAAGCAUCUUGCACCUGGAUAUUUAUUUGCACUAUUUUAAAAGUUGUUUAUAUGUUUAGCCUGUACGUCCUCCUCUGUCGUGUGGUACAGGGGAAAUGCACGAUCUUGCAGAACACAGGUGAGAUGGUUGGGAUGUGUGAGGGGGCAGUUCUGGCAGGUUCUGUAUUCCCACGGAGGCCGUCUUGGGCCAGGGAAGCGAAGUGUUUCUCCCUGGUCUGUGUGGGUGAUGACGGACCUCAUUUAACCAGGGGCUUCCUGGAGCCCGCUGAGCAGCUGUGCUUUUGCGCCAGCUGGUGCAGCUUUGCAUGGUGGUAUUUGAGGCUUUUCUGCAAUCUGAGCGCCCAUCCCAAACUCGGAUGCCCCAGGUUUCUGAAAGUUCCUAAAUGCUGUCGGACUCAGGUGUGAUUGAAAGCCUCCUGGGAUGUAGGAAAGCUCUGUCAAACCAGAGAGUGGAAGUUCCCAAAAGCUUCCAGAGCCAGUGCUGCUUCCAGGGCAUAUUCCUAAAUGAAACCACAGUGCGGUCUUUCCUCAGCCAGCAAGGAAGCUGUUUGUUGGAAGUCAUUGGUAGGUUCCAGCUGUAAUCAAGGAGAAAAAAACCAAGAGAAUAUUCCAGAAGGGUUUGGGGGCUGAAAGAGGCUGUAAACAAGAAAAGCUACUUAAAUCACUUUGAAGUAUUUGUGGUUGCACUGCAGAGUGUGGAUUGUCACUUUUAGGUCAGGACCACAAGGAGAGACUGAUGGGACCAAUUUGUCAGCCAGGCCACGUGCCGAGGCAGAGAUCCCCACAGUAACCACAGAAGCAUCAUCUUUAUGUCUGUCCACUUACCUAAAGAAAGUGAGGCCCUAUAUGCUUAUUUUACGAUGCUAAUAAUGCUGUAGCAUGCACGAAGGCUCUUUCCAAUAGUGAAAUUGGUGGAUGCUUCUUCUGAGGCCAAACAACUUCCAGGCAACUGGUGCUGGCCAAAAUCUGUCACUGGGGCACAACGGACAACACUGGGCAUGUCCUGCCCCAGGGCGCUGGCUCACCUAUGCUCCCAGCAGUCCUGUCCCCCGCUGCCUGGCCGGCUCCUCGCUGCUGUCAGAGCGCAGCAGUCUGCGACUUUUUAUUGCCACUUUAAGAUGUUUUAGUUGCCAAAAUGUAAACAGUGAGAUGCCUGUGAAUAAAUUACAUGGAACUCCUUAAUUGCCUUAAAAUUGCUGGAUUUAUCCUGGAUGCUUCUAUCCCAAGUUCAAGUAUUGGCUUUUCAGGUUUUUCUUAACUUGCAAAUUCAUUUAAUCUCAGAUCUGCAACAUGUUUUUACUUCCCUUUAGUCAUUUAGCAAACAUCAUUGCUGAGUUAUUCUUAAAGGUCUUCAUAAGUAACCUUAUUGAUGUGGUAUGAUAUUUUCCUGUCACAGGAAGUAAAAUCCUUGUGAUGAUGGACCAUGAGAAACGAUUUAUGUUAGCAUAUAAAGGCCACAUCCUGGCUGAGAAUCUCUCAGGUAACUUAUUUCAAAUGCUUGAUUGACAAAGGAAUGUUCCCAAUGCCUGAAAAUUUAAAUUACAGCUUCUGUGAGCAUAGUUGCUCUAUCCAUAUAGACAUUUUAUCUUUAAAGCUGCGUUUGCAUUUCGCAUUCAAGUGCAAUUGCUCUUACUUACCUUUUUUGUAUGAAUAAUGCAAUUCUGUCUUUCAAAGUUACUGGGUUUUCUGUAUUUACCUUUGCACAGAUGAAGGGAACAAUUGCAGUAUUUUGGGUGAAACAAGACAGCUGCCUUCCACAGCUCUGUGGAGGGAUUGAAGAUGCACUUCUUGAUCUAAAAAGGAUAACUAUUAAUGGCUUUUUUUUUUGAGCAAAGGUGAUCAUAAUGACAGUAUAGCUGGAUAAAUGUCACCUAUUUUCCAGCAAUUUAAACAUGAAAAAAACUGACCAGGUUUCAAACAGUGCUCAGCAUGGUCACCAGCCAUCUAACAAGGAGGAAGACUAGUCUCUCCAUCAAGAGGAUCAAGAUCCAGGAGUUUUCUUUCUGCAGUUACCUGGAUCUGAAUAAUCCCAGUGCCUCAGUUUCCCUGUUGCUUACGUGGGAACGAUGUUAUUUUCUUGUUUGCUAACACUGGAGUGCUGCCAGGCUUCACUCAUUAAUAUUCUAAGAUGCUUGCUGAGGCUCUGGGAUGAAAAUACUUCAGUAAAGUAUGUAAACAGUGCAAAAAAUAAUUUAGCUACUCAAAGUGGAUGAGUUUCCUUGUUUGGGUUACAGAAUUAAUGCCAUGAACUAAACACCACGUGCCUCUUUGUGGUGAUGAUUUUUCUUCUUAAAAUAGAUGAAUUAUUAAAAAGAAAAAUUCUGAGGUUUGUGAUUAAAACCCUAACCAAUUCGUGUAGUUUGUCUUCUACCUGUAAUGCUAGAUUUCCUAUAUGAUUCAUUACAACCUCAGCUACUGUACCUGUGAGUUACAGUGCCUUUGUAAAUUCUGUUGGGAUUUUCCUUGUAGACUGAGAAUUUUUUUAAAAUAUGUCAUUUUGAGUCUUAACAUAUAACAAGCUGAACACUGUUAAAUCCUGCUGUUAUUUGAGAAUAAUUUAUGUUGUAAUAAAGAAAAAUUAAUAAA